AUGAGUAACUUAAUCCUCAAUUAUAGGAUAAAGUUGGUCACUACCCUACAGGAGCGCAAUAUUCUGGGCAGAGGUUCUGCUAUAUAUAGUGAUAAUAUCACUUCAAUUAUGUGCUUUCUUAUUGUCCAGAAUGGAUUCGGCCAUUUUAAGUCCUAUUCUACUGAUUCCCAUUGUUUUGAGCAAAUUAUGGCCGAAAUGUAUAUUCAUUCGGCAUUUGGAGCACUGCUUAUGGACUCGUCAUGUGAUGGCAUCGACUGUUGGACUAAAGGCCCGGGAGUUGCCGGUGGAGGAGGAAGAGCCGCGACACCACCGGCGCCGCCAUCGCCACCGAUAGCACCGACCGCUUCAUUCAUAACCAUUUCGUUGACACUCUGUUCGAUACUCUCGACGCCAUCGACAGACAAAUUGGUGAUUGAUUUCGAUCGGACGCACUGGAAGUCCACGUGA